AUGUUUAAUGUUAGAUUAAGACGAGAUCAGCCAGGAGAUUUGCAAGGAGGUCAGAUUAGAUCUCAAGAAUUUACUUUUUAUCCAAAAGAAAUUUUAAAAGAAAAGAAUACUUUUUUUGCAGAUAUAAAAACAGCUGGGAGUGUCACAUUACUGGUUCAAACAGUUUUGAUCCCAUUAAUCUUUUCUGCUCCACCAUCAUCUAUUUUAGCAUUACCACCUAAGUCAAAAAAAGUCAUUAUAAAAGGUGGCACUGCUGUUCGAUCAGCACCUCCAAUUAAUUUUUUCUUGCAAGUUUUCAAACCGAUUGUUACAAAUGGAUUUAAUUUUGAUUUUAAUAUUAGUAUAACAAAUCAUGGUUAUUAUCCUAAAGGUGGCGGUGAAAUUGUUUUAAGAGUUGAUCCAUUAGUUGUUAAGGCUUUUACUCCAAUUAGUUUGAUUGAACGGGGAACUGUAAUUCAAAUUAAAGGAAUAGUUACAAUAGCAAAAGUACCAAAUCAAAUUGCACAACAAAUAAUUUCAGCUGCAUCAAAAGUGAUUGUAAAUAAUUCAGAUUUACCAGAGUUAAACAAUAUCAAACCUGAUAUUGAAAUUAAUCAUGCAAAAAUUUCAUCUGGUGAAGGUUUUGACAUAGUGUUAUGGGCAAUAACAAACACAGGAUGUAUUAUAAGUGGAAAUGCAGUAAUUGAUAAAAAAUUAACUGCUGAAGAUUUGGGAAAAAAUGCUGCAGAAGAAUUAAUUAAAAAUUUGAGACAUGGAGGAUACCAAUUGAUAAUAUUUAUGGCAUUGGCAGAAGGAAAAUCUAAAAUUUUAACAGGUCCAAUAAGUUUACACACUUCAACAGUUAUGCAUUAUUCCGAAAUUAUGGUAGGUGUAAAAUUUAAAAUCACAAAAGUAACUUCUAAUAAUGAUAAAGCUGGUGAAGAAGAAGGGAGUGAGAAGAAUAUCAUAGAAUGUGAAGGAAUAGGGUUUAAAGUAACCGAAUUAUAA